UUUGGGGUUAUAGAGCCGCCGCCUCUCGCCGAACUACCCGCGCCGGACGCAAAAAAGUUCUCCGUGGGGAGGAAAGUGGACCCACGUCACGCCCCGGGUCUCUUCUCCCGCCCCCCCACCUCUCCCCCAGCUGCCAGGUGCCUGCGCGAUCAGCCCGGAGGAGCCCUGCCGCCUUUAGCCCGCAGCUCGGAGGAUCUCAUGCAGGGGGGAGAGGAAGAGCCCGAAAGCACCAGGGGAAUGAAUGCAAGCAGACCCACAAACUGUAUAAACAGUCCUAGAGAAAUACCCCACUGUGCCAAAAGGGGAAUGGAGGAAGACACAACAUGGCCUAAAGAACAACAGCACAACUUUUCCUUGUUUCCUUCCACAAAAGCCUGGAAUUUCAGAGGGAAGAAACGCAAGCAGAGUACCCAGGAUGAAGAUGCAAUCAGUGUGUGUAGCUUUGAUUCAAGUGAGCCCAGUAACAAGCGGGUCAAGCCUCUUUCUAGAGUGACAUCACUAGCAAGCUUAAUUCCUCCUGUCCGAACAACUCCCUUGAAGCGAUUUGGUCAGACACUCCAGCGUUCUAUCAGUUUUCGUAAUGACAGUCGAUCUGAUCUACUUGCAUCCCGUUCCUGGAUGAAAAAUGUACCCUCAGCUAGCACCAAGCGACGAGACAGUAAACUCUGGAGUGAGACUUUUGAUGUUUGUGUCAAUCAGAUGCUCACAUCCAAAGAAAUUAAGCGCCAAGAGGCAAUAUUUGAACUUUCACAAGGAGAAGAAGACUUGAUUGAAGACUUAAAGUUAGCAAAGAAGGCGUACCAUGAUCCAAUGCUUAAGCUAUCUAUAAUGUCUGAAGAAGAAUUAAAGCAAAUUUUUGGAACACUAGAUUCUUUAAUUCCUCUUCAUGAAGAUCUUCUUAAGAGACUGAAGGAAAUUAGGAAGUCUGAUGGAUCUACUGAAUCAGUUGGUCACAUUCUUGUGAGCUGGUUGCCGUUCUUGAAUGCUUACGAUAGUUACUGUAGCAAUCAAGUGGCUGCUAAAGCUUUGCUGGAUCAUAAAAAACAGGACCACCGAGUGCAGGACUUCCUACAGCGCUGCUUGGAAUCCCCUUUCAGUCGUAAAUUAGAUUUAUGGAAUUUCCUUGAUAUCCCACGCAGCCGUCUGGUGAAAUAUCCACUGCUACUCAGAGAGAUUUUGAGGCACACACCAAAUGAUCAUCCAGAUCAUCAGCACCUUGAAGAAGCUAUGAAUAUUGUUCAAGGCAUAGUAGCAGAAAUCAAUAAAAAGACAGGAGAAUCUGAAUGUCAGUAUUACAAAGAGAGGCUGAUAUAUCUUGAUGAUACCCAAAGGGACUCCCUGAUAGAUGAGUCACGUGUUGUUUGCUGUCAUGGUGAACUAAAAAACAACAGGGGAGCGAAAUUUCAUGUCUUUCUUUUCCAAGAAGUGCUAGUAAUUACUCGGGCAAUUCUUCAUAAUGAACAACUCUGCUAUCAAAUGUAUCGCCAGCCCAUCCCUGUGAAGGAUCUUACGCUGGAAGACUUGCAAGACGGAGAGGUGCGAUUAGGUGGAUCCAUACGUGGUGCGUUUAGCAACAAUGAGAGAAUUAAAAACUUCUUUAGAAUCAGCUUCAAAAAUGGAUCACAAAGUCAAUCCCACUCAUUACAAGCAAAUGAUACUUUCAAUAAACAACUCUGGCUCAACUCUAUCCGUCAAGCCAAAGAACUGAUUUUGCAUGCCUCGGGUGAGAAUGGAGUCCUUGAUUUGGAAGGACCUGUAAUAACAUCAAGUAGGAACAGAAUAUUCCAGCAAGAAUCCAAGUCAGAACAAAUGGACCAAUCAGACAGUGGAUCAAACUGUAGCAUGGACACUAGUGAAAUUAGCCUUGAGUGUGAUCACAUGGAAGAGACAGAUUCUUGGGAGAAUGACAGAGAAUUAGAAAGCAAUGUCUGACAAAAACUUCAUGAGGCUUUCAGUGUCUUUUAUGUAUGUAUUUGCAUCCAUAUGUGGAGAAAGAAGCACUUUUUAAUAUUUUUGUGACAAUGUCAAUUCAAUCCCUAUUAUAUUUGUAUCUGUUGACCAUAAUACUGUAACUGCCGGUAUGUGUGAUUUGGAAUGUGUGACAACUAUAGUCUUGUGAUAGUCUGUAAAUGUCUCAAUGACUGAGACAGGUACUUGACCAAAUAUUUCACGUCCUGUUGGUAGACAAGAUUUCUAAACUACCAGUUUUAGACAUAUUAUAUAGCAGGUGUCCCUAUUU